AAUUAUACUGAAUUUUCCUGUCAUGUACACUUCCCUGCCACUUCACUCACGAAAUGUAUGUUUAUUUAUCGAAAUUGACAUGAUAUGAAUAUGAAUCAUUCAAAUUUCAUUGAAACCUUGAGUAUGGGAAUAUAAAAAAUCAAUAUUUCCCAUUUCCAAUUUGAAAAAUAUUCAAGAAUGUAUAAAUAGUUCAGUUUCAAGAAGAUGUGGGUCUUUGGAUAUGGAUCCUUGAUAUGGAAAGUAGAUUUUCCAUAUGAGGUGAAAAUAUUGGGUUAUAUAAAAGGAUUUACAAGAAAAUUUUACCAAUACAGUACAGACCAUAGAGGAACUCCCGAAAAUCCUGGACGGGUAGUAACAUUAUUACCAGCAGAAAAUAAUUCCCGGGUUUAUGGUAUAGCAUAUAAGAUUCCUAACUCUGAUAUUGAGCAAGUGGUCAACCAUUUGGAUUAUAGAGAAAAAGGUGGUUAUGAAAGACAAUCAAUAAUAUUCCAUCCAAUUGAUGAAAACGAAAAACCAUUUGAGAUAACUAUUUAUUUAGCCAGCCUUGACAAUUUCAAUUAUGCUGGACCUGCUGAUUUAAAGGAUAUUGCUGAACAAAUUCUGAGGUCUAAUGGACCCAGUGGACCCAAUAUUGAUUAUGUGUCCAAUUUAGCUGAAUCUAUGAGGACACUUUUUCCUUAUGUACAUGAUGAACAUCUCUUUGAGCUUGAAAAAAUACUUAUUGAAUUGAAAAAACCAAACAGUAUAUUAUGUAACAGUAAAUAGUCUCCUUUUAUUAAUUAAAUUUCAUUUAUACACUUGACUGAAAUAAAAUCAUCCA